AUGUUCCGCUCCGCCCUCCUCGUGGCCAUCUCGGCCCUCGCCGCCGUCACCAGCGCCCAGAACUACUCCACUUCGGGCGCCCUCUCCGUCGACGACAGUCAGCUGUCCGAGUCGCUGCGCCAGGCGUGGUGCCGUGCCCAGACCAACUCGUGCCCGCAGAUCUGCGGCGGACAGGCAUCCCCAAACACGUGUGACCCAGUAAGCGCAUCUUCAUAUUCUAGUCAGGCGUCAUGUGCCUCGCAGUCUAAUCCCCGUCUCCUAGACCACCCUCAACUACACGUGCACCUGCACCAACGGCAACACUCCCAACAUCUCCUCUUACGACCAGACCAUUCCCUCCUUCGUCUGCGCCCAGUGGAAGACCAACUGCGUUGCCAACCACCCGAACGACCUGGACGGCCAGACUGGCUGCUUGUCGGUCGUAUGCGGCGACCGCAAUGCCAGUAGCGGCAUCGCUAGCACCACCUCCUCCGCCUCCGCGUCUGCGACCGCCUCCAGCACGUCUUCUGGAACUAGCGGUGCCACUGGUAGUGCUACUAAGUCUGCAAGCGCUUCCGGUACGUCUGCGACCUCCACUGGCGCUGCUGUGGCGCUCAGCGUUGCUCAAAACUACGGUACGGGUAUCGUCGCGACCGCUCUCCUCGCCCUCUUCGGCCUGGCAUUGUGA